UCCACCCGUCCCAACCAGCCACCGCGUUUCGUGCCUGUAAAUAGUCACGCGGCAAAGCGGCCGGUCUCGCGCGAUCGAUCCCUUUGACUUGAUCAAUCAGGAGAAGGCAAGAAAACGGUCGAUCCAUGGUGCCGGCAAUGGCGUCCCGCCGGGCCGUCCUCGUCAUGGUUGUCGCCGUCGCGGCGGCGUUGUCCGUUGCAGCCGACGAUCCGGACUACAGUUACGUGUCGGGGACCAAGCUGGGCCCGGAGAACUGGGCCAAGCUGAGCCCCAAGUACAGCGCCUGCAACGGCGGCGCUGCGGCGAGGAAGCAGUCCCCCAUCGACAUCGUCACCAAGAGCGCCGUCCCCAAGCCCGACCUCGACCCCCUCACCCGCACCUACGUCGCCACCGACGCCACCCUCAUCAACAACGGCAAAGAAAUCUCGAUGACGUUCAACGGUAAGCCUGGCGGCGUGACCAUCGGCGGCAAGGCCUUCAGCCUCAAGAAGCUCCGGUGGAAGACGCCCUCGGAGCACACCAUCAACGGCAAGAGGCACCCGGUCGAGGUCCAGCUCGUCCACGAGAGCGACGCCGGCUCCGGCGAGCUCGCCAUCAUCGCCAUCCUCUACAAGGUCGGCGCCCCGGACUCCUUCUACUUCCAGCUCAAGCGGAAGCUGGCGGAGCUGGCGGCCGACCGGUGCAGCUACGGCGAGCAGGACGCGCGCGUGGCGGCCGGCCUGGUGCACCUGCGCUCGCUGGAGAAGCGGACGGGGAGCUACUUCCGGUACAUGGGCUCCCUCACGGCGCCGCCGUGCGCCGAGAACGUCUACUGGAACGUGCUGGGCAAGGUGAGGCAGAUGACCAAGGAGCAGAUCGACCUCGUCACCGCGCCGCUGCCGGCCGCCGCCAAGCAGAACGCCCGGCCGGUGCAGCCGCUCAACGGCAGAGUCGUCACCUUCUACAACCCGCCCAACAGCACCAUCUCCUUCGACAUGUGAUCUUACCCCAUUAGAUGGAAUGCUAAUUAACCUAGAAAUCAACGUACUGACCAGCUAAUCUCGUGUUUGCCUUGUCAUUAUCUCUUCGCUGCUUUACUCAGAUGAAACAUUGUCAGAAAGAUCUUGGCAUGAUACCUUGUUGUAGUACUAAUUAUAACGAUCAUCUGAAACUCUGAAUCAUAUUAGCUACUGCACUGGCCAAGAUUCCAGGGCCAAUUUAGUAAUACCCAAUACUAUCUGAAAUUCAGUCUAGUUUAUCUGAAUUCGGAAUCGUUUCUGAACUUUCCUUAUCUUGAUGCAACGAACCAGAAGCGCAAAAUUAAAAUUGGGUACACUGCAAGUGAAUACAUACAUUCCCCAGUUUUCUUAUUCCAUCCUUGUUAACAGCAUCAGAAUGAAUAGCACAUACAAUUGCUAUUUAGUUUGGAAAAUAAAUCCAGUGACUCCAGGGCUGGCGAUUAUCCCUUCUGUGAUAACUGAGCCUGAUGGCAUAUACUCGCUCUUGCGGCACAACAAAUCCGUGUGGUCCAUUGCCUGAAAUGUAGAAAGGCAUUUAGUUUGGAAAUUCGACAUGAACAAUACUCCCAAAGAGUCGUAGGGUUAGGAAGCCCACAUUAUCACGAUAUUGAAUGGCACUGUUUCCGACAUAGACUCGGUACCAACUCGUGUUACUAUUUAGAUUCAAACAAGAGAGAAAUUCCAGGUUUACGUCCAUCAUCAGAAAUAACAAAUAAUUCCAUUGUGUCCAGUCAAUAUUCCAGCAGAAAUUAGCUAAUUCCAGGUAAGUUGAUGCUUAAUGCCAGUGGAUUUCAUGCAGAAACUAUUCUUUUUCUACUUAGCUCUUUUGUUUGCACUGAAAUCCUGCAAACUAGUAAUUCUUGUGGUGCCAAUAGCACUAAACUUAAAAAUGUAUGCCAAACUAGUAACUCUUGAAAAUGCACCUGGCGCAACGACUCGCUCUUGGAACCAUCACUAAUGAUAUUCAGAACUCGAAGCAACCAAUAAGUUUAAUACCAAGGACUGCACCAUGUUUUGACAAUUUACACCUUUCUCAUUACAGUAGAAUUCGUUUGGAGGUUAUGGUACACAUUAUGCGACACCAUUACCAGCUCUUCAGUGAUUUACAUGCCCAGAAAUGUUCAGGCAACAGAAAAACAGAAGCCACCCACGGUAUCCAUAGCUCAACUUACAUUCAAUGUGAUAUGCAAACUUGACUAGCCAGAGUUAAAGUUUCUACAUUCCUCUCUUCAGAGCAAUUAAAUUUGAAUGUACUGUAAUAUUUUAGUUGUAGAUAUCCAGUUAGUUAGAAGUUAGUGGAGAGGUCUGUACUAGCCAAUAUACAGGAGCGCAGUUUGGGAUUUUGAGAUAAUCAAUAUUCAUGGCAUCAUAACCCCAUUACAGUGAUGCAUGACGGAGCCAACGAUCUUUUUUUUUGAUGGACUGACGGUGAUAAAAUGCAUACUCUGC